AUGGAUGUAGAAUACAAACUUCAUGCUGCUAAGCAACACCGAUUUUUAUUUUUGAAAUCACAAGGUUUUAAUAAACCUAUAACUCAUCUUAAAUACAAAAAGAAAAAAGAUUUUGCUUAUACCGAUGAUUACAAAUACAAAAUUCCGAUCACGUCCUUUUUAAGAACAAACCCCGUUAGCGAUGCAAUUUGUGAAACACCUUCCACUUCUUCGACUAUCAAAACUCAAACUAACGAUCAAUCUACACCAACAGACACUCCACUAGUCUUUACUGGCAAAGCUACAGAUUAUUAUACCUCCGAUGGAGAGUACGCUCAGCGAAAUCUCGACAACGUUUUAAUCGACGACAAAGGACUAAAGAACCACGCUUCUUUUUAUUUGAUAAAAAUCCUGCGCCUACUGAGAAUAACAAGUAUUAUUAUACCCCCUAAAAUUACAACGGAUACUUACGAGCUUUUAUACCUGUUGAUGGUAAGGUUUACUCUACUGAUCGUAACAACAACCGGACUCUUCUAGAUAAAGGAAGCAAAGAAUGGUACGCCGAGUUAACUAGAAGAGAAUCCUCUAAUAUUAACAAAGUUCAACAAACAAACUCACUCGGCACCUCUGUUAAGAAACUAGAUCAAGAACGCAUCAAUGUAUCACGUGACUCCAACGAACAUCAUGUUUACCUUUUAACUUCAUAUUUUACAAAACGAAAAAAAGCAACAACCGACUCUGACAAAUUAAAAGAGCUUAACUCACAAUAUGAAGAGUUUCAAUUAGCACAUCCCAUUCUAU